GACGAAAUGUGAUUUACUUAAGAAUUUGCGGCCCCUUUAAGAAACAUGACACCGUGCGCACUGAGGAUGCGCAGAAGAGACACGAGACGAGUGCUGAAACUUUCACCAUUUGAAGCUGAAAGCGACGCUGUUAACGACCGUGAAUGAAGGACAUCUGGUUCUGUCUUCCUGAUCGGAUUGCAAAAAGGAAUAAAUCACCCUUUACAAUCCGAAUAUAACUGUAAUCAGAUCUAGUUAAUUCAUUCCGAUUAUUAGGGUCUAUGCAAACACAGCUUGCUACAGUUCACACCUGCAGUGAAGCUCCUCCCACAACAAUUCACCAAUAAAUACUGGGAAUAUUCACCUCAUCCUACAAGAGAAGGACAAACUCCAGGUGUAGCAGCUGAAAUCUGUGUGACUGUUAAAGAUGGAGUUUAUUAAAGAGGAGAUUGAAGACAUGAGUGAUCCAGAACCAUCCAGAAUAAAACAUGAAGAUACUGAGGAACAAAUAGAUCACAUGGAAGUGAAGGAUCAAAGACACAAACUAAAUGAUGUGAAGAAACACUGUGACUUCAAAAUACAAGGAACAAAAGACAAAAAGCUGCACACCUGCUCACAGUGUGGAAAGAGUUUCCCAUAUAUAUCUGGACUCAGAAUUCAUCUGUGCGUUCACUCUGGAGAACAACUGUUUAACUCUGAACAGUGUGAUAAAGAUUUUAAUUUGUCAUCAAGUCUAAAACGACACCUGAAAGUUCAUUCAGAUGAGAAGCCGUAUGUGUGUUCUCUCUGUGGAAAGAGUUUUUCAUGGCUGUGUCAUUUAAAACAGCACCAGAAAACACAUGAUGAAGUGAGAGAUCAUGUGUGCUUUGAAUGUGGAAAGAGCUUUACUGCAUCUACUCACCUGAAACAGCACCAAAGAAUUCAUACUGGAGAAAAACCUUACAAGUGCUCAUAUUGUGACAAGAGUUUUGCUCAGUCUGGAAACCUGAAAAAGCAUGAGCAAAUUCAUACUGGAGAGAAGCCGUACCACUGUACUCAGUGUGAAAGGUAUUUCAGCGAUACAAAAGGUUUAGAAAUACAUCUGCGUGUUCACUCUGGAGAAAAACCAUUUAACUGUGAUCAGUGUGGUAAAAAGUUUAUUUCCUCAUCAAAUCUAAAACAACAUCUGAAAAUUCAUUCAGGUGAGAAGCCUUAUGUGUGUUUUGUCUGUGGAAAGAGUUUUUCAAGGAUGAACAGUUUUAAACUGCACCAGAAAACACAUGAUGAAGUGAGAGAUCAUGUGUGUUUGGACUGUGGGAAGAGCUUUACUACAGCUGAGGCCCUGAAACUGCAUCAAAGAAUUCAUACUGGAGAAAAACCUUACAAGUGCUCAUAUUGUGACAAGAGUGUCACUCGGUUAGGACACCUGAAAAUACAUGAGCGAGUUCAUACUGGAGAGAAGCCGUACCACUGUACUCAGUGUGAGAAGAGUUUCAGAGAUUCAGUAGGUUUAAAAUAUCAUCUGCUCUUUCACUCUGGAGAAAGACCAUUUAACUGUGAUCAGUGUGGUAAAGAUUUUAUUUCAUCAUCAAAUCUAAAACAACACUUGAAAGUUCAUUCAGAUGAGAAGCCUUAUGUGUGUUCUCUCUGUGGAAAGAGUUUUUCACGGCUGGACAGUAUUAAACAGCACCAGAAAAUACAUGAUGGAGUGAGAGAUCAUGUGUGUUUGGACUGUGGGAAGAGCUUUACUACAGCUGAGUUUCUGAAACAGCAUCAAAUAAUCCAUACUGGACAAAAACCUUACAAGUGUUCAUAUUGUGACAAGAGUUUCACUCGGUUAGGACACCUGAAAAUACAUGAGCGAGUUCAUACCGGAGAGAAGCCGUACCACUGUACUCAGUGUGGAAGGUAUUUCAGCGAUCCAAGAGGUUUAGAAAUUCAUCUGCGCGUUCACUCUGGAGAAAAACCAUUUAACUGUGAUCAGUGUGAUAAAAAGUUUAUUUCCUCAUCAAAUCUAAAACGACAUCUGAAAAUUCAUGAGCGAGUUCAUAGCGGAGAGAAGCCGUACAACUGUACUCAGUGUGAGAAGAGUUUUAGACAUUCAUCCAACUUUCACACUCAUAUGAAAAAAUGUUGCAAGUGAGCAACAUUUGUUUUCAUGUCAAAUACAUUCAAGUAAAUUAUCUGUGAUAAAAUAUGGAGUUUAUACUAAAAGCACAAUAUCAUCUAAUUUUAAGAAUUUGGUGAAAAGCUCAGAAAACUUGAAAGAUAAAAGAUUUGUAGCUUCACAUUGCUGAAGCUUUACACUGUAAAUAGUGUUUUUUUUCUGUCAGGAUUGAUUGUGUGCUUAGUAGGUCUUAUUUGAAUUAGUGCAUUCAAUUAAUUUACUUAUACUAAGUGUACUUUAUUGUUCUGAUAUUCAUGUAAUUGUGAGAAAUAAAACAGAAACAACAUCUUGUCUUGAUCUGUUUAAUGAACACUGAGAAUGAGUUGUUUAGUUUUAAUUGAGUUUAAACAUUCUAUCUUAAAGGCACACUGUGUAGUUUUUCACCACUAGAGGUCGCCUAUUCAAAACAGGCGUAGCUGGAUGAUGCUUAGAUUGAGCCAAACUUUUAUUAUGCCGCAGUCACUGCUUCUGCUUCUUCCUGUCAAGCGUAUGUGGGUAAAGCAGCACUGUUUUAUCAUAUUAGAUACAUUUGUGUGUGUUGGAAAUUAUGUUAUAACAUUAUUCUGUACAUUCGCUCUGUGACAUUAGGCAUGGUAAAACAUAAUACUCGUGGUAAAUCAAGAAAACAAGAUUUAAACGAGACUUACUGGGUUGAGUUAUAUAACAUGAUUAGUUUUCUGUUGAUGAAUGUAUGCAAACAGUUGUU